UUGAGAGAAUUACAGCACUAGAACGUGGAAUCUCCGAUAGCAUUUGUUUUAUAUCCUUUCACGCACGUUGACACUUGACAUCCAUUGCAGAAAUGCUAAAGUGAUAAUGUUUUGAGGUUAUGUCAAUAAAUGACAUUGAUAAACAUUGGAGAUGAAAAUAUAAAAUGAAUUAGAGAAGCUUUCUGUGAGAAUAUAAGUGAGCUUCCAGUGCCAUGACAGCAAAUCAUGUUACGUAACAGGGGGAAACGUACACUUAAAGGUGUGAAAGAACUGGAUGCAUUUCCCAAGAUCCCGGAGACCUAUGUUGAAACAUCACCAGUGGGUGGUAUAUUGUCCUUGCUGACUCUUGUUAUCAUAAUAAUUCUUAUAUAUGCUGAAGUGUCAUAUUUUCUGAGCAGUCGCUUUGUAUUCAAGUUUGUACCUGAUACAGAUAUAGAUGCCAAGUUGAAAAUCAACAUAGAUCUCACUGUAGCAAUGCCUUGUGGUGCCAUAGGUGCUGAUAUUCUUGACUCUACUAACCAAAAUGUACUUCAGUUUGGUUUGCUUGAACAAGAAGAAACAUGGUUUGAACUUGAUCUUGAGCAGAGGAUGCAGUUUGAUAGUAUGCGACAGGUCAACUCCUACCUAAGAGAAGAAUUUCAUGCAUUACAAGAUCUGUUGUGGAGAUCAGGCCAAAACACAUUAUUUGCAGAGAUGCCUCAACGGAAUGUUCUCCCAUCAGGACCUCCAAAUGCAUGUAGAGUAUUUGGUAGCCUAGUGCUGAAUAAAGUAGCUGGCAAUUUUCAUAUUACUGCUGGCCGUUCACUUUCCUUACCUCGUGGGCAUGUUCACAUUUCAGCUUUUGUCUCGGAUGCUGCAUACAAUUUUUCUCACCGUAUUAAUCGUUUCUCAUUUGGGGAUCCCAGUCCCGGAAUAGUUCAUCCCCUGGAAGGAGAUGAAAAGAUCACUGAGCAGAAUAUGAUGCUUUAUCAAUAUUUUGUGGAUGUUGUGCCCACUGAUGUAGACACUUUCCUCAGAAGGAUGACUACAUAUCAGUAUUCUGUUAAAGACCAUGAGAGACCAAUCAAUCACAUGAAAGGUUCUCAUGGUAUCCCAGGAAUCUUCUUCAAGUAUGAUAUGAGUGCACUUAAAGUGAAAGUUAUUCAAGAGAGGGAUACAUUUGGACAGUUCAUUGUUCGACUUUGUGCGUCUGUUGGUGGCAUUUAUACAACUUCUGGCAUCAUAAACAGUGUUGUGCAACUGCUGAUAGAAUACCUUGCAAGCAAAUUGUGGAAGAAGACAAACACGAAAAGUGAUACAUUAGAACAUAAAUUAGUGCAGGAGGAAAUAAGAACUACAACCACCUCAUCUCUUUUACUUCCAAAUAGUGUGCUGCACAUUCCAAGUCAGCAAGUCAUGAGUGAGGUGCCUUUGCUUGUAACAGAUAAUGGGACAAAUGCAGAACUACCAUACAGCACUUCCCACGUAUCAUAACAGUGUGAUGCAAGCUUGUGGUGUUAAAAGAUUUGUUAUGAGUGAUUCAGAGAUACUGUUUCACUGGAUGGUUCUGUGAUCUGAUAGCUAUACGUGUAAAGUUGCCUUAGAAUUUGUAUCAGCUUGUGGCAGUUGUCAGUUUAGUUUGUUUUAUAAUAACACAAUGAAGGAAACUCGGGUCAGAAAUCAGUGCCAUGAUGCAAAGUAAUUAAGAUCACAUCUGCCAAUGGCAUUAGUCUGAGGGACGCUAUUUCACAACAGCAGAUAAUUUUAAAUCCUACGUGAGGUAUCAAAAUGCGUGAUUGAGAGAUACGAUAAAACAUGAAAACUUAGUUAUCUUUUUGUCUUAACAAAAAUUACUUGCGCUCUCUCUUUCUUUUUUUUUUUUUUUUUUUUCCCCAUACACAUUAUGGUGAGCUGAUUUUGCAGUUAUAUGGAAAGAAUUUACCUCAGAAUGAAUUUCCUUGGUCCUAGGAUUCUUUACUCAUUUAAUUAACCAGUGCAACUCAAUGAAAUAAAUUGUCUUUCUCCAAAUAAUUUUCACUAAUUUACAGGACUUCAUGGCUAAUAAAUGGACAAAAGACACAAUCAGUCUUACAGUAUAUUAUGUUGACAAUUUUUUUGGCUUAAUAUGUCAUUGUGUAAUAUGGAUAUGUGUGGUAUUGAUAUUCCUAUGCAAAUGUUCUACAUUUGAUCUCCCUUUGUAAUCAAGUAAAUUAUUGCUUGCAUGGAUGUUUCAGUGUGAUGUAAGGUAUAAACAAACCUUUUGGAAAUGUAUUGCAAGCUGAUGAGCCACUUUCUGUUGGGAAAUAUUUGGAUGUACUAUUUUCAUUACAUUUAUUUGAUUGCUCACCCAGUUACCAGUACCUAUUUUCUGUAUAAGAAUCUUCUUUUUCUUCCAUUAGUCAGUACACAUUAUGGUACUUUGCAGCUUCAAGUAUGCACCUUGUGGAUCCAUCUCAUUGAUACAUAAAGCUUAUAUUUUGUGCAAAACAUUUAGUACUCUGAAGUUAAGCUGGGUGGAUUCUUGCAUUAUUUAUUGAAACAAUUAAAAAACAUCUUCAAGCAUGGUGUGUAACUUCCAAGUGUUUGGUGUGCCUACAAUAUUUAUCAGUUAAUGUAUUGGAAAGAAAAAGAGAUCUCAAAUCUGAUCUUGUUGCUGUAUGUAUUGUAUGAGUGUGCUAUGAGCAAUUUGUUUGUCAUUUUGUGAUUUUUCAAUGAAAUGUUACAUUUUAGGUUAUUUGAAUAACUGUGAAAUUUAUUUGGUUUGAUUUACAAAUGUGUCUUAUAUUGUUGCGUAAUGUGCAGUUACAAACACUGUGAAAGUAUCCUGUUAUUCUGAAUACUUGUCAGUCAGUUUUGUUACAAAAAAUGAAAAAAAAAGAA